GAUGGGUGCGGACAAGCCCAACGGAGUGGCAAACUACUGCCGGAGACCUCCACAGCGACCCUUUCUUCAGAGGAUCCAGUACGCGAUCUGGAAUCCUGAGGAAAGAACCUUCCUUGGGCGCACUGGGAAGAGAUGGGGUGUGAUAGGCCUGAUCUACCUGGUGAUGUACAUCUGCAUCAUCAUCUUCUUCUCUCUCUGCAUGUGCGGUCUGCUCUCCGCUAUGGACGACAGGAUACCGUACUUCACUCUGGCAGACUCGAUUAUUGGGGACAAUCCAGGCAUGGGCCACAGACCGAUUCUGUUUGAAGAGGGCGCAUUGAUAUGGUACAAAGCUGACAACGACACGCGUAUCAAGAAAUACGUCGACAACAUCAACGAGUUUUUAGCGCCAUAUGAGAACAAAACCCUCCUGAAUAAUAAAGGAGUAAACCAGCGAGACUGCGGUGACUCUAAACCACCUCGCAAUGAAGUCUGCUCCUUCAAUAUCUCACAAUUCGGUGAUUGCUCCAAGGAGAGUGGCUACGGAUUCUAUAAUAUCACACCCUGUAUAAUUAUUAAGCUCAAUAGGAUUUUUGACUGGAACCCCGAUUUCUACGACGACCCCGAAACGCUCCCUCCUAAUAUGCCCCCAGACAUAAUAAACUAUAUCAACUCAACUAAAACUUUACAAGAACGCCGCAAAGUAUGGGUCUCAUGCAUGGGAGAAAGGCCAGCUGACGUGGAUGCUCUUGGGCCUCUGAAGUAUUGGCCCUACCCUGGUCUUCCAGAAGUUUACUUUCCGUACGACAACACGCCGGGUUACUUGAGCCCUCUAGUCGCUGUACAGCUGCUGAAACCGAAAUUAAACCAGAUCAUUAACAUCCGCUGCCGGGCGUGGGCCAAGAACAUCAAAUACACAGAGAGUCUAAAAGAGCGCCUCGGAUCUACGCAUCUUGAGAUAAUGAUCGACUGAAAGUUCGAGUACAUAUCCUUAUUAGAUAUAUAAGCUAAUUCUUUCGUACACAAAUCUCAAACUGUGUUGAUAGUUGAUAAGUUAGAUCUUUCGUAAACUGUGUUGAUAGGUGACACAGUAGUUACUGGAGUCGAAAGCGCAAAUCAUCUUCUUGAUUUAUUUGAUUAGUAUACCUUUCGCACUUGCUUUAUUCAUCGGUGACCAGUAGCAUCAGCAGAUGGACAUGCCAUAAUUAAAAUGGCCUAAUAUCGUUCCAGUUUACGACAUACCUUCUUCAUAAAAUAAUAAAGACCUCGGGCUCACUCGAACUUUUAUAGACAUGAUAACGAGUGGUAUUUUAGGUUUCCAUAAAUAAAGAUAGCACUGCUUAUGGACCUGUUGAUUUAGUUCGAUUUAAGAGAUUUGCGAACUGCUUGAAUAGCAUUAUUAAUGCAUAAUUGUAUGUCACUUAUGUAAUUAAUUUAGAGUCUAUUGAAGUGUGUAGGAUAUUUAGUGUGGAAUAAAAAGGGAUUAAAUAAACAGUUGGUUUGGAAGCUGGGCUUGAUAGUAGAGAAAAUAUGGGAUUAAUAUUUGGCUAAUUUAAAGAAAUAGUAUGUAAUAUGAAGGGCAACAAGCUUGUAAGUUUGGAAAAUAUUCUUAUCGGAUUUUGAGAAAAGUUGAAUCCUAAUAUAUUUAAUAAGAUAUACGAUCAUUGAGUGUAUUGCAAUUUUUUUAUUCAUUGAGUGUAUAAUAUGUUAUUGCUUAGGAUUAAAAUUAUUUGAAUUUAUAAUGAAAGUAUGGCGUUGGCUGUAGCAGAAGAUAAUUCAUUUUGAGGAUCUACUUGAGAAGUACGUGCCUUAAAUUUUGUGCCUUAAGAGACAAAUAAAGAACCAGAUGAAAAAUCACCCAGAAUUCCAGUUCAAAGUUUUUUUAACUUUACAAAUAUUGAAAUUGUCAAUACGUUUAAAUGAUAGCAAAAUAGAUGUAAUAAUUUGGGAUCAGUGUCAUAGUAGUCGUAAUAUUACACGCGAAAUAUAGGAUUAGCUUUUUAAUAACAUAAAAGUAGAUUCAUGUGUAUUUCAGCGCAAGAAGGUAGUAGGUACUAUUUAAAAUUAUACGUAAUUUAUAUGCAAUAUUGGGACUAGCCAAUUGACUAGAAAAUUGCAAUAUUGAGAAGCGAUCGUAGCCCAGUGGGUAGGAGCUAGACUUCACUUUCGCGGGGCCAAGUUCGAAUCCCAG